GACUAUGCUGAAAAGGAGAAAGCUGCAGCCAAGGCUCUGGAGGAUGUGAAGGCUAACUUUUACUGUGAACUAUGUGACAAGCAGUACCACAAACACCAAGAGUUUGACAACCACAUCAAUUCCUAUGACCACGCUCACAAGCAGAGAUUGAAAGAUUUAAAGCAAAGGGAAUUUGCUCGAAAUGUGGCUUCAAAGUCAUGGAAAGAUGAGAAGAAACAGGAAAAAGCACUCAAGCGGCUCCACCAGCUUGCCGAGUUACGGAAGCAGUCAGAAUGCGUCAAUGGGAGUGGACCAUUGCUUAAAGCUCCCAGAUUAGUAAUGGGAAAAAAGCAUUCAUCAGAUGGCAUUUUUGUGUACAAAGGCAGCAAGUUCACAGCCAGUUCUGAAAGAACCACCACAAGUGAAGGACAAAGUUUCUCCAGCAGUGUACUAGAGAAGCAGCAGCUUAUCAUAAGCAGACACCAGUCCCCUACUGAAAGACCCCUUGCACUUGGAAAUCAAGUCUCACAAGUGUUCCCAGAUAACACCAAUACUUCUCAAAGGGCAGGAGUGUCCUUCUCAUUCUCUAAAAAAGUCCCUUUGAAGCUCGAGUCCUCAGCAUCUGUCUUCAGUGAGAACUCUGAAGAAGGAAAUGAUUGUAGUGAAUCCUUCCACCAUAAAACAAAGCCAGCUGUCGAGGGCUGUCAUUCUGUCACACUUUUGGAGGAGGGCAUGAGAGCAAGCUUGGAUAAAGGGCCACCUAUUACACAAGGCCAAAUGGAUUUGGGUAACAGUUCAUCAAGUCAUGUAGCUGCAAAACCUAAAAUGAUAACGGAAAAUGAUAAAAGUAGUGAUAACACAUUAGAAGAAAAAGUCAGUGCUCUUCCUUCAUUUUCCAAAGUCAAAAUACACCUUUCAAAUUUGGAUUUUCCUAGUUCCCUUAAAGAAACAGAGCAAGAGAGCAGAUUGAAUGAGUCUGAACAAUUGUUAGAGACUCUGAUUUCACCUUCAUGCCAAACUAGCAAUUCUUGUAUCCAGCCAAACACCUACAAGCACAGCAAUGCUUACCUGUCUGACCAGUUACCUGAGCUCCCACAACAGCCAGCACCUGAGCUAGCAUGCACAAGCAACAUUAAUGACAGUCAUGGAGUGGUAGAAAGAGAAAGGUCUUUGGAGAGUUCAGAAACCAUGAACAGGAACAUGAAAACACUUCCAAGGGAGACCUUAGUUAAAGAGGUUAAGUCCCAGACAUUGCCUUUCCUCCGUGUAGUGAGCAAAGAUGGCACCACUGCUCUACAGUGGCCCACAGAAUUACUUUUGUUUACAAAAACUGAGCCCUGUAUUUCAUAUGGCUGUAACCCACUGUAUUUUGACUUCAGGCUCUCUUUAAAUCACAGAGAUGGUGAACGGCAUAAAACAAAUGAAGGAAGCUGUAAAGAGUGCUCUAUAAAUAAGACUGCAGAUGAAAAUGAAGCCUCAGGUUUAAUAAAACACAAACAAAUGUCAAAUGAACAAGGUAAUCAGCUGUUGAAACCAAAGAAGAUGAAAGGUUCCCUAAAUCCAAGAAAGGCCAAGCAAAAAGCUGAGUCAGACAUAGGCAAAGAAAUGAAUGAAAAUGGUCAAAAAUGCAUUGCAGAUUAUUUGAAUGAAAAUAUACCCAAAGUGCCUGCUUGCCUUGGUGUCUCACAAAAGGAUUAUGUGACAGAAAAAAGUCUUCAUACAACUACACUGAGAAGACCUUUAAAACAUCAUUUUCAAAGCUGUGAAAGAAAAGCCCAGAACAUUAGAAAUGAAAGCAUUUCCUUUUCUGCUUUUAUGUCCAGGAUUAAGAAGUCUAAAGCUGCAAAAUGUAAUUUAAUUUAUUCUGAGGAAAAAUGUGAAAACCAAAAUGACUGCAGAUCCAUUCAAGACGUGUCCAGCUGCAGCAGUGCCAUAAGUGACAGUGGAAAAGACUCUAGUGGAAGUUUCCUUAUCUGUAAAUCCUGUUCAAGCAGCAGGUAUUCAGAAAAUGAAGGAUGCGGAAGUUACAUGGGAUGCUGGAGAUUCCCAUCUCCCCAGAAGUCCUUCUCUGACAGACAUUCCAGCUAUUCUGACACUUCAAUUAGUGAUACGAGUAACUGCAUAAGUUACAUGAGUCCCCUGUCAAACAAUCACAGCAGAAAUCAUUUGCUUUUUUGUUGUAAAAGAAAAAGCAAGACAGCUGAAAGGCACAAAUGUAAGCACAGAAAGCACAAGUGUAUUUUCACUUCUGAUGAUACAGAUGAGGAUUGUCUUUGUCACAGUAGAUCUCACAGAACUAGAAACUGUACACAGAGGAGCACAGUUAAAUAUCUAAGAUGUUCAAGACAUAAAGUUUUACAACACGGGGACAGAUCUAAACACAGCAAAUGUAGAUACCGGCAUUUUGGCAAAGCAUGUGGUAGAAGCAGAAGCUACCAUAGCUCCAAAAGUUGUUCUACCAGAGAUUCAAGAAGCAGUGAAACAUCAUCUAGUAGCAGAAUAUCAAGAGGCAGCAGUUCAGGAUCAUUCUCAAAGGAGGCUGACAACUGUGAUAACAAAAUAAAAGAGGAUGCAGAAAGAGGUUCUAAGGCCAAACCAGGAAAAGCUGAAACUGCACAUUACAGCUCUCUGAAUGUGAAUGGCCAGACACAAAACUUCGCCACCUGCUCUGCUGAAACGCUAGCAAAAGACAUAUGUGGAAAAAGAAAGUCACUGACAGCCAAGUUACUUUUAGAAAGAGUGCAGUCCAAGAAAACUCAGGAACAAAUGCACGAUUCUAAGAGAUUUUCAAACACUUGUGGGGUCAAAUUAAACAAUCAUUCGCAAAGUCACUUUGCUCUUCAGUUUUCAUCGUCAGUAGAUAACAUUGCAGUAUUACCUUUGCCAGAGAAACUGUUAAGCAUAGGUAAAAAUGACAUGGGGCAUAAUGAAACCAGUUCAUUGGAAACCAAUGUGAAGAAAAACAACUCUGAAACAUCAGAGAUAACUAAUGUUGCUCUUUCAACAGGCACUGAUUAUGAUCAUUGUCUUUUUAAAGACAUCAUUCAAAUAGAAGCAGGCUAUCAGAGCCAGUGCAUAAAAAGGAACACAGCAAUAAAGGAACAAUCCAAUCUCUUCAUUAGUGAAGUGCAACCCUUUAUACAAAGCUGUGACCCAGUACCAAAUGAUUUCCCUGGUGCUUUUUCCUCUAAUAGAUAUUCUGUUGUUGCCAAUUCAACAGAGACCAAAGAAGAACUACAUGAUGUAAACAUAGCCUUGAACCAGGCAGAAGGCAGUUCAGGCUCUCUUUGUGACGAUGCUGUACAGAAGUACAAUGACACAGUAAAUGACCUAGAAGCGUACAGUAAAUCCACCUCCCCUACUUUAACGCAGCAGCCUAUCACAUUUUCAGCAGAGGAAGUAGACAAAUACAGGUUGUUGCAGCUACAAGCCCAGCAGCAUAUGCAGAAACAACUCCUGGCAAAACACCUGAAGGUUUUGCCUGCCCCAGGACAAGCUGCCUUCUCUGCAACACCAGCGGUUCCUGCCCUCCCUGUUCAGCAGCAUGCUUCUGUCACCACCAUCCACCACACACUGUUGCAACGCUUUGCUCUCUCGUCAUCUAUACAACCCCAUGGCAACCUGGGGCACCUUCACCCCCUUUCUCAGGCACAUCUUGCCCCCAUGUCGCUUUCCCCGUUAGCACCAGCCCUCAUUCCCACCCACGCGGCUUUGCUGACAGGACACCCAUUGCAAUUGGUCUCCACCUCCCCCCUCCACCGUUCUCCACUGACCUUCCCUGUACUGCCACACGCAUGUAUCCCAGCCUUCUUUGCACCACAGCUGAAUGCAGCCACUCCUUCUGCUAUACAUCUGAAUCCCUUAGUUCACCCAUUACUCCAAGGGCAAGAGCCCCAUCACCAUUCUUGCUCUAGUCAGACCCAACAGUUACCUACAAUAAAAGAGGUUUUCAGUGUUUCUAGCUAUUUAAACUAG